GCGCGUUCGCUUCUGUUAGAGGGCGGGGCCGGAGGUUUCGGUUAGUUGUCUCUGCCGUUGGGGAAGGUAAAGCGGAGACGGCGUCCUCAGGAGCUGUGGGGUCCCCUGCUAGAAGUGGGGGACUCGGCAGGGAAAUCAUUUAAUACUUGAUGAUUAGAACAGAUAUGUGAAAGCUCCCACCAACCAGUGAGAAUUUCUUCCUUCAGAAGGGUUUUUGUUCUUAACUGCACAGCUUUCUAAGAAGUUCUUUUGGUGCCAUGUUUUAUGGCUUGCAUCAAAAGAGGAGUUUGUCUUCAUGAAGAUUCCUAACAUUGGUAAUGUGAUGAAUAAAUUUGAGAUCCUUGGGGUUGUAGGUGAAGGAGCCUAUGGAGUUGUACUUAAAUGCAGACACAAGGAAACACAUGAAAUUGUGGCAAUCAAGAAAUUCAAGGACAGUGAAGAAAAUGAAGAAGUCAAGGAAACGACUUUACGAGAGCUUAAAAUGCUUCGGACUCUCAAGCAGGAAAACAUUGUGGAGCUGAAGGAAGCAUUUCGUCGGAGGGGAAAGUUGUACUUGGUGUUUGAGUAUGUUGAAAAAAAUAUGCUCGAAUUGCUGGAAGAAAUGCCCAAUGGAGUUCCACCUGAGAAAGUGAAAAGCUACAUCUAUCAGCUAAUCAAGGCUAUUCACUGGUGUCAUAAGAAUGAUAUUGUCCAUAGAGAUAUAAAACCAGAAAAUCUCUUAAUCAGCCACAAUGAUGUCCUAAAACUGUGCGACUUUGGUUUUGCUCGUAAUCUGUCAGAAGGCAAUAAUGCUAAUUACACAGAGUACGUUGCGACCAGAUGGUAUCGAUCCCCAGAACUCUUACUUGGCGCUCCCUAUGGAAAGUCCGUAGACAUGUGGUCGGUGGGCUGUAUUCUUGGGGAGCUUAGCGAUGGACAGCCUUUAUUUCCCGGAGAAAGUGAAAUUGACCAACUUUUUACUAUUCAGAAGGUGCUAGGACCACUUCCAUCUGAGCAGAUGAAGCUCUUCUACAGUAAUCCUCGCUUCCAUGGGCUCCGGUUUCCAGCUGUUAACCAUCCUCAGUCCUUGGAAAGAAGAUACCUUGGAAUUUUGAAUAGUGUUCUACUUGACCUAAUGAAGAAUUUACUGAAGUUGGACCCAGCUGACAGAUACUUGACAGAACAGUGUUUGAAUCACCCUACAUUUCAAACCCAGAGACUUCUGGAUCGUUCUCCUUCAAGGUCAGCAAAAAGAAAACCUUACCAUGUGGAAAGCAGCACAUUGUCUAAUAGAAACCAAGCCGGCAAAAGUACUGCUUUGCAGUCUCACCACAGAUCUAACAGCAAAGACAUCCAGAAUCUGAGUGUAGGCCUGCCCCGGGCUGACGAAGGUCUCCCUGCCAAUGAAAGCUUCCUAAAUGGAAACCUUGCCGGAGCUAGUCUUAGCCCAAUGCAUACCAAAACCUACCAAGCAAGCAGCCAGCCUGGGUCUACCAGCAAAGAUCUCACCAACAACAACAUACCACACCUUCUUAGCCCAAAAGAAGCCAAGUCAAAAACAGAGUUUGAUUUUAACAUUGACCCAAAGCCUUCAGAAGGCCCAGGGACAAAGUACCUCAAGUCGAACAGCAGAUCUCAGCAGAACCGCCACUCAUUCAUGGAAAGCUCUCAGAGCAAAGCUGGGACACUGCAGCCCAAUGAAAAGCAGAGUCGGCAUAGCUAUAUCGACACCAUUCCCCAGUCCUCUAGGAGUCCCUCCUACAGGACCAAGGCCAAAAGCCAUGGGGCACUGAGUGACUCCAAGUCUGUGAGUAACCUUUCUGAAGCCAGGGCCCAAAUUACGGAGCCCAGUAGCAGUAGGUACUUCCCAUCUAGCUGCUUAGACUUGAAUUCUCCCACCAGCCCGACCCCCACCAGACACAGCGACACAAGAACUUUACUCAGCCCUUCAGGGAGAAAUAACCGAAAUGAAGGAACGCUGGACUCACGUCGAACCACAACCAGACAUUCCAAGACAAUGGAGGAAUUGAAGCUGCCCGAGCACAUGGACAGUAGCCAUUCCCAUUCGCUGUCUGCACCUCACGAAUCUUUUUCUUAUGGACUGGGCUAUACCAGCCCCUUUUCUUCCCAGCAGCGUCCUCAUAGGCAUUCUAUGUAUGUGACCCGUGACAAAGUGAGAGCCAAAGGCUUGGAUGGAAGCUUGAGCAUAGGGCAAGGGAUGGCAGCUAGAGCCAACAGUCUGCAACUCUUGUCACCCCAGCCUGGAGAACAGCUCCCUCCAGAGAUGACUGUGGCAAGAUCAUCAGUCAAAGAGACCUCCAGAGAAGGCACCUCUUCCUUCCAUACACGCCAGAAGUCUGAGGGUGGAGUAUAUCAUGACCCACACUCUGAUGAUGGCACAGCCCCCAAAGAAAAUAGACAUCUGUAUAAUGAUCCCAUGCCAAGGAGAGUUGGUAGCUUUUACAGAGUGCCAUCUCCACGUCCGGACAAUUCUUUCCACGAAAAUAAUGUGUCCACCAGAGUUUCUUCCCUACCAUCAGAGAGCAGUUCUGGAACCAACCACUCAAAAAGACAACCAGCAUUCGAUCCAUGGAAAAGUCCUGAAAAUAUUAGUCAUUCAGAGCAACUCAAGGAAAAAGAGAAGCAAGGAUUUUUCAGGUCAAUGAAAAAGAAAAAGAAGAAAUCUCAAACAACAGAUUCCACCAACGGGGAGAAUCCAAGCAUCAAGAAAUCCCUCUUUCCUCUUUUUAAUUCAAAGAAUCAUUUAAAGCAUAGUUCUUCUUUGAAAAAGCUUCCUGUAGUCACUCCACCCAUGGUACCCAAUUCCGACAGCCCUGAUCUUCUAACGUUGCAGAAAUCCAUUCAUUCUACUAGCACUCCAAGCAGCAGACCAAAGGAGUGGCGCCCCGAGAAGAUCUCAGAUCUACAGACCCAAAGCCAGCCAUUAAAAUCACUGCGCAAGUUGUUACAUCUGUCUUCCACCUCGAAUCACCCGGCUUCCUCAGAUCCCCGCUUCCAGCCCUUAACAGCUCAACAAACCAAAAAUUCCUUCUCAGAAAUUCGGAUUCACCCCUUGAGCCAGGCCUCUGGCGGGAGCAGCAACAUCCGGCAGGAGCCAGCACCGAAGGGCAGGCCAGCCCUCCAGCUGCCAGGUCAGAUGGAUCCUGGUUGGCACGUGUCCUCUGUGACCAGGAGUGCCACAGAGGGCCCUUCCUACUCUGAACAGCUGGGUGCCAAGAGUGGGCCAAAUGGGCACCCCUAUAACAGAACAAAUCGAUCACGAAUGCCAAAUCUGAAUGAUUUAAAAGAGACAGCCUUGUAAUUUGUGCUGGUGUGGGGAGGGGUGGGCAGGCAAGCGAGUGGGGAGGGGUGGGGAAGGGUGGGCUGGGCUUGGGGCAUGGGCCGGGCCAGGUGGUGAGCCAAUAUUUUCAGCUUUAUGAAGGUGUGUGCAAUAUGCAUGUGUGGGGCUGUCGAGCUCCUUGCGGCCACAAACGCUAGUCAGGGAUCUUAGAGCCACAGGAGUUCCUUAGGGAUCGCCACUCCCCACAGGUCUGUGUGAGAAUGGAUAGAGUGUGCCAUUGAGGAAGAAGAAAUUCUUUCCAGUUUCUCCCCCUUACAUUCCAGCUUUAGUGCAAUCUCUGUUGAACUUGGGAACGCCAGGAUGUGUCCUGGCACUGCAAGGGAUAGGAAAGUCGUGUUGACCGAUGCCCUUACUACAUAUUUUUUUCUGCCUAGACUAAAUGUGGGGUUUAUUGUAAUCUAAGAGUAUCCCUUUGAAGGGUUAGCAGAUGAACUGUAUGUCUUAAAUUGUUUUCUAAACUUCCAUAUUUGAUAGGAUUUGUAACAUUUAUUUAUAAUUAAUAUUGUACUGUUAUAAUCAUAUCUUUUAUGUUAUAAUGUAAAGUUAUUUUGAGCUGUUUGAAACAUUGUGAAGCAGUGGGACAGCUACGGUAGUUUCUAUAAAAACUAAACAGUAACAUUUAUAUAUUGCAUCAGGAGUAUUUUAUUCUAUAUAUAAAUAUAUAUAUGGUAAAUAUCUGUUUUAUAAAUAUAUUCAUUUAAAGAAAGUAUCGUUAUGACACUAUCUGCCAUAUUUUUAUACAUUUGUGAUAUGAAGUGAGUAUUAUACUUCUAAUAAAGGGAGUUGAAUUGUGGCUACAUGUGACUGUAACAGUAUGAACUUUGCUCAACUUUUAGGCCCCAGCAGUAGCCUCUAGACAUGAUCCUUGGUAGCAGACAAAGUGCAGCAUCUCUUUCCAAACCUGCAGGGGAGAAAGUAAUUGGCCAGUGAGAAUUCCAGCAGGCCUGGUUUCCGUCCUCACACUCUUGGUUCCUGUUUGUGUCCAGGGACAUUACUUGCACACAGGGGAGAAUAGAUUGAGGUGUUACUCAUGGGUCUUUGUAGAGAGAAUGUGCUCUUCCACUUAGCAUUAGUGUAGAGCAUAGACCAAAGAUUUGCCAGUGAACAUUCCUUGUUGUGAGGUCAUAAGAGGUACCUGUCUGCAGAUCUUGCAAACCAGCUCUAUGCUCCUGAAUACUGUCCACUGUCCUGGAGACUCUUGGCUGAUGGGGUGUGAGAUAUACGUGUGGCAUUUCUAUUUCUGAAUGCUUUUUUUGCUAUUGCUCUCUCCAGUACCAUAUUUAAAAGGCUCCUGGAGUGAUUCCAGAGAGAGAAAAAAUUGCUGUAUCCAUUUUUUUCUUCCUGGGGCUGUCCAUUUAUGACAAGAUUUUCAUGCACACCUGUUACAUACACACUCCCAUCAGAACAGGACCUAUCUUCCCCUCAUCUGAUCUCUUUCAGCUCCCAUGUUACUCCUGAGUAUCAUCAAAUUUGGCCAUCAAGUGUUACCCUCCCAUGCCUCUGGGCCAUCCUUGAGGGAAAUCACCUCAGCACCAUCAUCUAUCAGUAGUAGUAGAUUUUUGGAAGUAGUCUCUUAGCAAUAAUACUUUUAAAGGUCCCUCCCACCCCUCAAAGAGAUAACGUCUCAUAUUUAUUACUUGUCCUCAAAUUCUGAGUGUCAGCCCCUGAAUCAAGUCAGCUAUAAUCGAAAUGUGCUGUUACUGUUAACCCUCCCCCCAGAUUUUGAGCAUCAUAGCUCUGAUGAUUAUGAAGAUUAUAAAGACUAAGGUCCUAGUUUCCUUGAAGCUUAAAUUGUGCAUAUAUUGCAUUUUUAUAUAAAUACUAUAAUGUGUAUUGAUUAUAUAGAUAAGUUAUUUUAAGGUGCUUUUUAUUUAAUUCUAAUAAGUAUAAUAGGCACUAAAAUGAAACUCGACUGGGUACUAUUACUGAAACAAUUUGACUCAAAUCAAUAGUUUUGCAUGCUCUUUAGUUCUUUUUCUGUCUUACUUCUUUUACCAGUUCAGUGGGUAGCUCUGAGUUCUGGCUUUUCCCAGGCAGCUGCUUGAUGAUACAAGUGAGGUGGAUCAUCAGCAGUUUUGCCUGGACACUAAUGACUCUAAAAGGGUGUGUAUUUAACUCUUCUUUUUCAUAUUAGAUCUCUACCUUGUAUUCCCCCUUGCAAACCAGAAACUACACUUUUUUCUCUGGAAAGACUUCUCACUGUGCUAUGCGCUUAGGAACUGCACGGUCCCGUUGCCAUGCUGUGGCAUUUGAGACUCGUUGUCACCUAGGGGCUGGUUUCCCAUGUUGUCAUCCUUGCUAACACUGGGAUCUCAGAUGUUUGCAGAACAUUUCUAUUCAUAGUGGUUCUUCAAAGAAGGGCUAGCAUUUUUGCCUUCGUACCUAGAGCAAAGUAAACCUAAUUGCUGAAGAAUCAAUACGUACUUUUUGUACAUUCCCAGAUUUGAGCCAGAAAAUACCUACAGAUAUCUACAAAUGUUUUCAACCAGUGUUUGAGGUAGCUCUUUAAUCCUCUUCUCAGCUUUUGUCUGUUCUGACUUUUCAUCCAAUAAGCUGUAAGUGAACUACAAUCUGCAUUUCUAGCAUACAAUUCUCUUCCUGCUCACGGAGGUGGGGGACGAUAAAGUUUUCUCGCAGACAUUAUGGGCCCUCUCUUAGCUUUUAACUGUUGUUUUCCCCUCUUGUUGAUGAAGAAUUAUUGACAUCACAAAGAUUGCCAUCCGUGAUAGAAAGGACUUGAUUUAAAGUCAGAAAAUUGUGCCAUUUCUUUAGGAAGGGGAAUUUAUGACAUCCAUGUCCUAUUAUUGGCCCUAACUUCCUAAAGAAGAAAAAGGGUGAAUGAAAGCUUAUGUUACUUUUAUGAAAGUAUCACUGAUUUCCUUUGGAAAAGAAACUCUGCUUCACUGUUUUUCUACCUUUAUUUCUCUGCCGUCCUCGUUUUUCUUCUCUGAAAGUUCUAAAUAAACUUUAACUGAACCUUGUUUGGUCUUGCUCUAAAAUUUAGCCUCUUUCUAGAGCCCAAGACCGAAAGGGAGUGCUUCAUGCUGAGGGGCUCAAGUGAGCUGACUCUACAGCAGUGGUUCUCAACUAGGGGCAGAUUUGCCCCCAGGGACAUAUUUGGCAAUGUCUGGGGGCAUUGGGUUGUCACAGCUGGGGGUGAUGGUAUGCUAUUGGCAUCUAGUGAGUAGAGGCCAGGGGUGCUGCUAAACAUCCUGCCAUGUCCAGGACAGCCCCCCAAACAAACAGUGGUCCAGCCCCAGGCACCACUAGUGCUGAGGUUGAGAAACCCUGCCCUACACCAUCCAAGCCUACCAGUCUGCAGAGCUUGGCUCUGUCCUUGUUCUGUUCAGGCUGCAGUACUGCAGGUAUGAAUUCUUCAAUAUCACAUUCUCUUAAGAGUCUUCUACCACUGUUCCUGAAUCCUUGGAAUCCUGUUGUUCGUUUCCAUUGUCUUGGGCCUGCUAAAAGGUGCAUACUUUGGGAGGAGACCAGAGUUACUUUAUAGGUGUUGGAGAACUUAAAUUCUAGGUUAGCAUCCUUAGAAAAUCUUUCAUAGAGCCACGAGGCUUAUAUUUAGAAGCAAGCAACAGCCUGGCAGAUUGGCAUGAUUUUUACCAACUGCUCAAAGGCAUCCAUGGCUUUUAGCUGUGUCUCCCAAAAGAAAAUGUCUUUGUUUUUUAUUCAAGUCAUUUAAUAGCUCUUUACAUAUAUUAGCAUAUGGCAGACCAAUUAGAAGCAAAAAAGUCUGUAUUGGUGGUUGUGAUGUGGCUGUUAUAGAAGUAUUUGUGCUGUAUGCUUUGGUUAAAUCUGUUUUAAAACAUGCUUUAAGAUUCACCUUACGCAGUUGUACUUUACUUCUAAGCUCAGAGCUAUGCUGGUCAGUCUCUAGUCAUGCCGUGUAUUAUAAAGUAUGUUGUGGUUGUAGAGUUAGCCAGUUUAGCAUGUUCCUAAUCUGAAAAUUAGUGGACUAUACUAGGAAAUGCUAUCCCAUUUUCCCUUUCCAGCCCCUCUUAGUUAAGAUCAUAGUAUCCUCACUUCUUAAACUAGUCUUUAGAGUAAAUAAGGAAAAAAGCCAUUUAUUUUCUUCUAGCCAUGUAUUAUUGAGAAUGACUCAUAGUGUACAGCUUUUUUCAAAGGCCAGAGGAUUACUUUUCAAGUGUGUAGAAAGAUCUGUCCAUUUCUGUUCACCUAGGACCUGGUGGUGACUGAACUCUUUCAGCAAGGGCAGUGGCUCAGUGUGAUUCAGUGCUGGAGCUCGGCUGGGACUCAGUAAAUCUGCACGUUCUCUGCUGGUCAGAACAUAUUUCCUGGAGAGCAUUGCUUUUCUGCCUAGAAGUUUGUUACCUCCUGCAUGAUAGUGGGAUAUUGAGCUCUGUGUGGGUUCUAAGAUCCACAGACUGAUACUUUUGUGAACUUGGAAUGCGGUAGGGUACACUGAACCAAGUCAGAAAAUAGUGAGAUAUUUCCUUGCCUCCUUCAGUUCAUCACUAAGAAAGUGUGUAGGCAGAGAAAACUUAUUUAUAGUUUAAACAAACCACAAUUCUGGUUUUGUUUUUUUUUUUUUGAAAGGGGACAUAGUACAAAGGUACAAAAAAAAAGAUAGUACAAAGGUUUUAAGUGUCCUGUCACGAAUUCCCAGGGCCAGAAUCUCACCAGAAAGUCCUCUCAGACUUAAAAGCCUGGCUUACAAAAAUAACCAGAAACCAAACUUGUAAGCAGUUAUGAUUUCUUCCUUUUGCUUCUUGACCAACUGAGAUACAGAAUAUCUUGAGGUCUGGUUCAGCCGAUGAAAAAUUCUGUCUCUGAAACGAUGAGUAAGAAACCAUGCAAGAAAAUGAAAUCCCUCAUCUAUCUGCAUACAUGUGAUGUGGGAGAAGUGGGGUGGCUAGGAAACUCUGAGCCUGCUGCCCCCUUUGAUUCUAUCUUUUCUUUGUGAAUUGAAUGUACUAUACAAAUGGUAGGCUUUCGUGUGAGCCAGUUACUACAUGAAUCUUCAUUUCCCACAGUGGUUUGUUCAUUCAUCAGCGUUAGGCUUGGUCUUGGCUCCACUUUCUCCUCUCCGGGCACUGACCCCACCUUUCUGUGUACUUACUGUAGGCUAUUAAAUAUGAUCAUGACCUGCCUUGCAUUUUCAUUCAUCCACUGUUUACUCCCAAAUUUAAGGGAAGUUUGUCUCAUUUUGCCAGAAAAAAAUUGUAAUAGUUGGCACGCUGGAUUUGUAGGACCAGGAAAACUGCAGCCGUGAAACUAGUUUCACUUCCAAGGCCCUUCAUUUCCCACAAGGUUAAGCUCUCGAAACCCCAUUUGAUCCUUGGGUCCUAUUUUGAUCCUCCUUUGGAAUCUGAAAAUCAGUCUCCAUGUUGUAUGCAGAUUAGAAGUUGCCUUGUUCGUUAUUCUUCCAACACAGAGUAUCAGGGAGAAAGAGGCCUUAUCUGUUCCUCCAUCCCCUCUGUUUUGACAGACUGCUAAGAAUUCCUCAGGACUUCCUUUGGUUGGGGAUUUUACUUUCCCAAAAGUCUGAUCUGAUUUCUUUCAGGUGUAGACAGCUUGUCCUAGUCCUCUGCUUCAGGUCUAAUCAGAAGAAACCCAGGAAUAGAAAAGGUAAAUGCCUUGACUUUUGUCUCUGUUGUGGGGACUAAAGUGUUUAUUGCCAGAAUUGUCAAAAGCUCCAGUUUGAACUCUGUAGAGUUUCAUGGAAAAACAAAACGAAAAGAUGCUUACCCUCCCGGAGAAUGUGUAAGUUCUCUAGCACGGCUUAGGUUUUCCAAAAUGGAAAGCAAAGCUUGCAGAGACCUGUUUUCUCUAGAGAUACACAGUUGAUUCUGGCCCUCAGUCUGUUUCCCUCCCCUUGUUUACUCUUUGGUCACCGAUAGAGUCAGGCUAGAGGGGUAAUACGGUGAUUAAAAGAAGUAAAUUCUCACUGUAAACUUGGAUUGAUUAACAAAAACAAACCAAACAAAAUCAUUGCCCCAAAUUUCUAUCUCCAAGAAUUGCUUUGUGCCAUUUUGAAUUCAGGUAGUUAUUCUGUAUAUACUUAGCUAACUAUUCAGAGUUUCUUCAGUCUCUUGUAAGCUUGAAGGUGGUAUCUCAGAAGACACAGGGCAGGGUGACAUUGAGACCCUGUUCAUUCUUAAAAAUAGGGAUAAGCCACAACGAUGUGACAUCUAGUAUGUGGUAGAUGAAGAUUCAUUGGAAAUUCUUAAUUGCACAGACUUUAUAAUCCAUUAUAUAAAGUGUAAUUCCAUACUUUUUACUGUGGCAAGGGUAUGAUGUGAUUGUUAAUCUUUUUAAUUUUUGAAUCCAAAAUGAAUUUAAAGUGUUGAAUACUUAAAUCCUCACAAGUGAAUUAUGAACCAUUUGUAAGGUGUUUCUAUAACUCUUUGUAUCAUGUGUUGGUACAUCUUAUCAAGUUUUUUCUGGCAUGUAAUUCCAUUCUAAACUUAUGUAAAAUUUCUAUUGUUGCUGUAAAUAUUACACAAAUAUCUACUCCGUGAUAACCUUCAUUAUCAGCAUGAAAUGGUUAAUUUUUACUGAGCACAAUGUAUUUUUGAAUGGAUCUUCCCAAAUGUCUUUAAUAAAAUGCAGAUUUUGCACUGAC